AUAUCGUUUCCCUCGUCAUCGUCGCUUGAUUCUUGCCGCUCAGAAAGCAACCCUUUGCUCAGAACCUCAGUUCGCAGCUGGAUUCUGGCCGUUUUAUUCCGCCGGAGCCUUACGAAACCUCCCGCUGUUGGGUUUAUCCAGAAGCGCUUCGCGGGAGCUGAGCGGGAGCCAUAGAUUGAGAACUCGUCGUAGUUGAUUGGUAGGAGCCCCAGCGAGUCAGAUAGCGAUCAGACGAAUCCCAUUGAGAAAUCUGUCCAUUGAUUGAGCUUUCGCGUGGCCCUCGGUUGGUAUCUCCGUCGACAGUAGCUUUUUUCCUCUCAGCCGCUCGCAACUUCCCGCUGGCUAAGUAACUCUCUCAGCUAACAGAUUCUAGAACAUGGCGAAGUUACCACUGCCUGCCGCCCUCACCAGGCAGUACACCAGCAGCUCGCUGACGUCACUUCCUACGUCACUUUCCCUCUUCACCCCUGUCCUCCUCCUCCUCUCCUCCCUCAUCCUCUUAGCGCCCGCCUCAGCUCAAGACGUCCCGAUUUAUCCACUAUGCCCCUACACCAAGCGGCCGCCCUCUAGGUCCAACUUAACGUUCACGCGGUGCGUCGGUGCGACUAAGUACACGUGCUGCCCGGACUGCUACGACAUGAAACUCGCGCUACUGGCCGUCAGCGCAAAGGGCUCCGGAAUCCUCAACCAGAUCUCCGCCGGGCUUGGCGGCGUGCUCGCCGGAAAAGAUAUCCAGCUCUGCUCCAUCUUCGCCAGUAACUCAGCCUGUCAGCUGCACCUCGAGCAAGUCGUCUGCGCCAAUGGUUGCGACCCAGAGUCUGGAAACUACCUGGAAAUUGUGAACAACAACACCAAGGGUAUUCUCUCCGUGUGCUCUGACUACUCCUCUGUCGUCUACGGAAGCUGCAAGGACCUUCCACUCCCCGGCUUUGGAACCAUGGCGGAUUUCUUCCCCACUAAAGAGCUCUUCAUGACCAAGCUGUUCGGUGCUGUCAUUGGGCUCAUCGGCAAACUCAACUACACUGUCAAAGUCAAAGCGGGUACAGAGGCGUGCUAUAACGGGCCCAAGGCCCUCCCAGCAAAAACCCUCUGCUGCGACCCGCUCAAAGUCCCCAAAACCUGCCCCCGGGGCACCGUGAGCUUCAAGGAGAACCCCGAGUUCCGCCCCUUUGUGGGGCGGCACGUCGACAGCAAGAGCUGCAGCAUCAACCCGUCGCUCGCCAUGCUGGGACUCCCCGAAGAUGGGGUUGCUACUACAGGGAAGAAGAGCGCGGGGGAUGGGUUUGGGGGGCGGGGGUUGAUGGGGGGUUGGUUUGGGGUCGUGGUGGGCUGGUUGGGAGCGUGGGUGCUGCUGUGGGGGGGAUUGUGAGGCUGAUGAGACUCGAUCAGCCGGGCAUUGAUAUGCUAACAUAUAUUGGGAGAGGGGUUAGCAAGGCGCCCAGUUUUCGUACACUAGAACACUACACUGGCUGCUGUAUAGGGCAGUACGGGUAUAUUGCAGGGGCUUUAUGCCAGGCAUAAUCAGCAUCAAUGUUGUUGACAGGUGGUACCAAGCCAAUAUACUGAUUGCCUGUUCAGAGAGAUCGCUCAGGUGGUAUGACUGGUGUCCAAUGAGCCCUUGUCAUACAGUAUUCA